UACACACCUAUCUAUUUCACUUUCAACUUUAGUUUUUUAUAUUGUGUAAAAGAUGGCCUUCUUCGAGUGCUGCGCUAGUGGUAACGCCACCUCUGAGACACCCAAGUACAACGUUGACGCCCACCGUCGCGUUCUUAUGGAAGCCGGUGUCAGCCCCGAUGCCGUACAGACUAUUGAUGUCGGACACUACCAAAUCUUGGAACCAGUAACACAGACCAAGAUCGUAGAAAUCCAAAAGGAAAUCAUUGAUGAAAAAAUCAUUGAAGUACCCGAAAUCCAAUACGUCGACAAAAUUGUUGAAGUAGAAGUACCGGUUGUAAAAUACAAGCCUGUGUACAAGAAGAAGGAAGUUGUCGUCGAAAAACACAGACACGUACCACGCAUCAUCUACGAAGACAAGAUCGUUGAGGUCCCACAAAUCAAAUACGUUGAAAAGGAAGUUGAAGUACCACAAAUUGUCGUCAAGGAAAAGAUUGUCGAGGAACCCAAGAUCAUGAUUGUCGAGCGCGUUAUCCCCGUUCUCAGGGUCAAAAAGGCUGAUCACGCCACUGACAUCGACAACGCCGGUGAAGAAUUCCUUGACGAAAAGGUCAGCGGUGUUACAUACGUCGAAGCUGAAGGAGUUGACGCCCGCGCUGAUAUGGCCUGCUGCGCCACCAGAUAAUCUAUAAAUACUACAUGCAACAUGGGAAAAUUAUCUCGCCAAUAACAGUUGCAAAUGUGUAAAUCAGGCUGAAAUAGCUACUCUCACAUUAACAUCAAUCUAUGCUUGUACAUUAAAUUCUAAAUAUACGUA